CUCGCUUGCAGCACUGACCCGCAUUUCCAUAAAUUUACCCAGGUUCAGCGAGGUUUCUUUCAACUAUGUAGAUAAAUUACUAGUGCAACAUGAUAAUUAUUUCGUAUAUUAAGUCGCUGAUUUCAUUUGCAUACGCAUUGAGAUUGCCAAACUGAAACGGAAAACAGUUGAAAUUUUAAGUUUUCGACGGUGGAUUUUGUUGUUUUCAUAUACAUUUGCUGAGUUGUUAUGGACAUGGAGAGUUAUUUACAAAAUUUUUAUUCUUUUACUGCUCACGAAAUGGUACUGUAAAUAACCAUACCAAACGUCCGUUGAAAGAGUUUGCCGAGUUGUCCAACUUUUGUUGAUAUACGAUCUCGCUUACCGGAGCUUAGUUGCUGGGGCCUUCCUCACUUACAUGAAAAGGGUGAUUUAGAAGGUUUCUCUGGCGAUAAUAACAACACUAGUCACCUAAAUAAUAACGAAAAUAACGCAACAACACCGUUGCAUAAAUUCUAUAAACAACAAAGAAAGAUGCCGGGAUUCCGUGGUCGACGUGGAUUGUGUGGGUGUUUUCAGGAUGACGAACCACCCGAAAUUUGUGUUGUUGAAGGGGCAUUCACGCUUCAAACACUCACACCGACCCAACCGAUGCCAUCGAUAGAAGAGCUCGACAUAAAAUUUGCCGAACUCGUAGAAGAACUGGAUUUAACGGCUCUGAAUAAAGCGGCUAUGCUAAGUCUGCCAUCGCAAAAGAAAUGGCAGAUAUAUUGUUCGCGUAAGAGUCCCAUCGACAGUGCGGAUGGUGCAGUGCAAGGAUCCGCUCCACCAUCGCCGGAACACUACAUUGAACGGUUCAAAGAUAUGGCAAUCCAAUUGCGUUCGACACCUGAAGAUUCUCCCAGCCAUGAAUAUAGUUUUAAAAUUGAAUCUCAUACGGCAUUGUUAGAUGCACUGCGAACAGCUCUAAGGACUUCUGCUCAUAGUUUUGUGUUGCGAUUUGUUGAGCUGCAAGGGCUUCCAGCAUUACUUGAUCUUCUACAAACUUUGGAUAUUCGAGUAGCUAAUAGUCCUCUGCAUACAAGUCUAAUUGGUUGCAUCAAAGCGUUGAUGAAUAAUUCGACUGGCCGAUCACACGUUCUGGCUCAUCCAACCGGGAUCGAUACAAUAGCUCAAUCACUGGCAGCUGAUAACAUCAAAACUAAAGUAGCAGCAUUGGAAAUACUAGGUGCUGUGUGUCUUGUUCCUGGUGGCCACAAGAAAGUACUGUCCGCCAUGGUGCACUUUCAAGAAUUUGCCGCUGAACGGACGCGGUUUCAGGGAAUCGUCAACGAUUUGGAUCGGUCGACUGGUGCGUACCGGGACGAUGUAAAUCUGAAAACGGCAAUAAUGUCAUUUAUAAAUGCCGUUCUGAACUACGGUCCCGGACAAGAAAAUCUAGAAUUUCGUUUGCAUUUGCGAUACGAAUUUCUGUUACUCGGUAUUCAACCGACCAUCGACAAAUUGCGAAAACAUGAGAACGAGACACUGGAUCGGCAUUUGGACUUCUUUGAAAUGGUCAGGAUUGAGGACGAAAAAGAAUUGGCUAGAAAAUUUGACAACGAACAUGUUGACACAAAAAGUGCCACUGCUAUGUUUGAUCUAAUGAGAAGAAAAUUAAGUCACUCAGCAGCAUAUCCACACCUAUUGUCAUUAUUGCAACACAUGCUGUUGCUUCCUUCAUCCGGACCUAACACUCAACAUUGGUUGAUAUUCGAUCGAAUUGUACAGCAAAUUGUUCUUCAAGUCGACGAAAGACCAUCCAGUGAUAUUGAUCCAGACUUAGUCAAAGAAGACCACCAACCUCAGGACCCUGACAUUUCUUCCAUCAAUAUCGACGUCCGAAAGAUUGUGAAACUAUUAGUCAAAGAAGAGGAAUUAGUGUCGGCACGUACCAAAGCGGAAGACAUGGAAAGAGAAAAUUUAGAAAUGCAAGCCAAAUUAGCGAAAAAGGAACAAGAAUACGAUAUGCGAAUGCAGGAAAAAGAAGAUUUGGAAACUAGCCUAAUCAGGAUGAGAGAACGUUUGGAAAAAGAAAGUGCGAAUCAUUCGCAAACCGUUCAACGUGCACUGAAUGCUGAAAUGCGAGCUGAAGAUCUUCAACACAGAUAUUCUCAAGAGCAACAAGAGCGAGCCCGUUUAGAACGCCUAGUUACCGAAGGCAGCAUACCAGAUGAACAAAAAGUGGCAGGAUUACAGAGAUGUAAUGGACAAUCGACGCCGCCGCCACCACCACCACCAAUGAUGUUAGCUCCAAUACCUCCAGCACCACCAUUAGUGAUGCCGCCGCUACCACCACCAGCACCAGGAUGUCCUCCUUUAUCUAUGCAAAUGGCUGCCCCAGCACCACCGAAACCGGACGUAGCGAAAAAGAAUGUGCCACAGCCAGCAAAUCCGUUGAAAAGCUUUAACUGGUCGAAGUUGCCCGAUGCGAAGGUACAGGGCACCGUGUGGAGUGAGCUGGACGAUUCAAAAUGGUACAACACCAUGGAACUCGAAUCAAUUGACAAAAUUUUCUCGGCCUACCAGAAAAACGGAGUUGCUAACGAUGGCUCCAUCGAAGAUUUGCGUUUGAUGGGAAAAAGUCGAACGAAAAUCCUGUCAGUAAUUGAUGGACGUCGGGCGCAGAAUUGUACAAUUUUACUGAGCAAAUUGAAAAUGAGCGACGAAGAAAUAUCCAAAGCGAUACUUUCAAUGGAUUCCAAUGAGCAACUGCCAAUCGAUAUGGUAGAACAGCUGCUUAAGUUCACACCAUCAGCUGAGGAACGCGCACUUUUAGAUGAACAUUCAGAAGAUAUUGAUUCGCUGGCCAGGGCUGAUCGAUUUUUGUACGAAAUUUCCAAGAUUCCUCAUUAUGAGCAAAGAUUGAAGAGCUUGCACUACAAGAAACGCUUUAUGAUGACCGUAAACGACCUUUCACCUCGGAUAGCUAGUGUAAUGGAAGCCUCACGAGAAGUAGCUCGAUCGAGAAGACUGAGGAAAUUACUGGAAUUAGUGUUAGCCCUAGGAAACUACAUGAACCGCGGAGCUCGUGGUAAUGCAUCUGGAUUUCGUUUAGCAUCGCUCAAUCGAUUAGCUGAUACGAAGUCUAGUUCGUUGAAAGGAACUACUCUGCUGCAUUAUCUCGUUCAAGUUAUCGAAAAGAAAUUCAAAGAUUUGCUCAAACUGGACGAAGACAUUCCGCAUGUGCGUGUGGCGUGUAAAGUCUCGCUCGGCGAAAUGGACAAAGACAUGACGAUGUUACGUACGGGCUUAGCUGAAGUAUCUCGCGAAAUCGAUUUUCAUCGAAGUGCGGCAGGUCAACAGCAAAUUGGAGAUCGAUUUCUACCGGUGAUGAGAGAAUUCCAUGCACAGGCUUCCGUACGAUUCGCUGAAUUAGAAGACCAGUUUCAAGACAUGAAAACAAGAUUCGAUCGAGCUAUCAGAUUAUUUGGCGAAGAUGGUUCCGUUGUGCAGCCGGAUGAAUUUUUUGGUAUUUUCGAUGCAUUUCUCACUGCCUUUAUGGAAGCCCGACAAGAUAACGAUAAUUUCAAGAAACGUCAAGACGAAGAAGAAAAACGUGCCAAACAGGAGGCUGAGCUGAAAAAACGAACCAUCGAACGUAAGAGCAAAGAAGGCCUGAUGAGUUCAGUGGCAAAGAAUUUGGGAUUGAAAUCUGAUUCCAAAACCGAUACCAAGGGCGAAUUCGAUGAUUUAAUAUCGGCGCUACGAACCGGUGAUGUUUUCGGCGAAGAUAUGGCAAAGUUUAAACGAUCUCGCAAAACGCGACUCGGUGGAGGAAAAGACACCAGCAAUACAUCGCCACCACGGCAAAGUUUGCAUCGUGAAGAAAGCCGAGAACGGCCCGUUGUUGGACGAAGACAAUGAAUAAAACGUGUCAAAUGAAUAUGUAAUUGUUACUCGACUGUAAUAGUAAUGGCAUAGCGGUCGGUUUUUAUUUCAUUCAACAUUUUUGGAUUGAAAGUGUGGGGCUAUGCAAAAUUGUACCAAAUUGUCGAAGUACUAGUUAUUUUCGUCGAUGAUCGAGGUGGAAAGAUUGUCAAAUCACUUUCGUCUUGUGUAAUUUAUUGCGAUCCAGUAUUUAUCUAAGAUUAUUGUUGUUGUUGUUUUUUUUUACCGUAAGGCAAUUGAGUGUGUCUUUUUCGUAAAUUUUAUUCGCAAAAUUUGGACUACUAGUCGUAGGUCUUGUGUAGAAAAUGGGAGCAUUAUUACACCGCGACUGAUUGAAUAAACGGAAAAUGUUGUCUAUGAUUUGCCUAUGGAUGUAAAUUUUAGAGUCGAUAGUGUACGUUUAAAAUAAUUUGUCCUUUUCAAUAAAAACAAUUCGUCGCAUAUUGUAA